UGGAUAGAUCGUAGUCAUCGAUUGAUCUGAGCUCGUCUAGCUGUGCCUUCAUAAUCACGCUCACUUGUAAACUUUGAAAAAUAGAUCGAACCCAAACGUCGGCUCUGCUAUUAGUUUCAUUUAAGCAUCGUCCUAUGGACCGUCUAGCAUCUUUUGCAAAUGACCCGUUCGAGAAACCGCCGUGCAGAGGCUGUUCGUCGUACCUGACUGAGCCUUACAUUAAAUGUGCAGAAUGUGGACCCUCACCUUUCCUGCUGUGCCUCCAGUGUUUCACCAGAGGAUUUGAGUACAAGAAGCAUCAGAGUGAUCAUAAAUAUGAAAUCAUGACGUCAGAUUUCCCGGUGCUGGAGCCUGGGUGGACGGCGCAGGAAGAGAUGGCCCUGCUGGAAGCCGUCAUGGACUGUGGCUUUGGAAACUGGCAAGAUGUUGCAUAUCAGAUGCGCACUAAAACCAAAGAAGAAUGUGAAAGCCACUACAUGAAGAAUUUCAUCAAUAACCCGCUCUUCUCCUCCACCCUGCUCAGCCUGCGCAAAACAAAAGACUCUCGCAUUGCAGAGGGCGCUAUUCCUUUCAAGCCCAGUGAUGAUCCUCCUCGGCCCACAUUUGACUCGGUGCUGUCUCGAGACAUGGCUGGAUACAUGCCUGCCAGAGCCGACUUCAUGGAGGAGUUUGACAACUAUGCAGAAUGGGAUUUGAAAGACAUCGACUUUGUGGAUGAUGACUCGGAAAUCCUUCGCGCACUGAAGCUCGCGGUUGUUGAUAUUUAUCAUUCAAGGUUAAAGGAGAGACAACGGAGGAAGAAGAUAAUCCGAGACCACGGAUUGAUCAACCUGCGGAAAUUUCAGAUGCUGGAGCGAUGCUACCCAAAGGAGGUGCAGGAGCUGUAUGAUGUCAUGAGAAGAUUUGCCAGAGUGGUUGGACCAAUUGAACAUGACAAAUUCAUCGAAAGUCACGCACUGGAGUUCGAGCUGAGGAGAGAGAUCCGCAGGCUGCAGGAGUACAGGAAAGCAGGGAUCAAGUCUUUCUGCAGUGCCAAGGUGUAUGAGCGGGUGAAGCGGAUGCGUGAAGACGAGCGGAGGAAGAGGACCAUGCUGUGCGAUGUGCUGCAAUACAUCCAGGAUGGCAGAGCCUGUCAGCAGUGGCUCAGCAAACAGGCUGCAAUAGAUGCUGGCAUCACUCCAGCUGUCACAACAAUCACAGUGUCAGCAACAGGCAGGCGGAGCGCUCCUCCUCUCAACCUGACCGGACUGCCGGGUACAGAGAAGCUCAACGAGCGGGAGAAAGAGUUGUGUCAGGUGGUGCGGCUGGUGCCGGGGGCCUACCUGGAGUAUAAGCAGGCUUUACUUAACGAGUGCAGACGGCAGGGUGGGCUGCGGCUGGCACAGGCGCGGGCGCUGAUCAAAAUCGACGUCAACAAGACUCGCAAGAUCUAUGACUUCCUAAUCAAAGAGGGUUAUAUCACUAAGGCGUAGGAGCGUUUGAUUUGACCACAGGGAGAGGCUGGACUGCGGUUUGUGGUUAAUUUUGUUUUUAAUCUUGUAAUGUUGUCAGCCAGGUUUUCUAAGAGGUCCAGAUUGUUGCUGCUCUUUUGAAGUAUUAUAACAUUUGUUGUGUUUUUAGUCUAAAAUGUACUGAAGUCUUGUGUAACUGUCUGUCAGAAGAGCAGGGGAUUGUAUUAAAAUGAUGUAUUUAUUUCUCCUGCCAUAAAGUGUUUGUUAAAAAUGA